AUGACCCCCAGCCCCGGGGCCGCCUUGCUGGACAGCACAGCGAGGCCCCCGCCGUGUCCGGUGGCCGCAGACGGGGCCGUGGAGUGGAGCCAGCUUGAGCGGGGCUGCGUCACCUUUGAGGAUGUGGCCAUCUACUUCUCCCCGGAGGAGUGGGGGCUCCUGGAUGACGAUCAGAGGAUCCUCUACAACGAUGUGAUGCUGGAGAACUUCGCAAUCAUAGCCUCACUGGGUCGCUGGCGGGAUGUGACAGAGGCGGCUGCUUCUGAACAAAGUUUUUCCUUGGAUGGAGGAUCACACGACGGGACUCCACAGACAGGUCCAUCCACCCACAAGGCUCACCCCUUGGAGAUAUGUGUCCCCGACUUUAGAAACGACAACCCGAUCCCGUCCUUCCUUCUCCAGCAGCAGCCCACUUCCAGCAGUGUGACAGCGGGCAGCCGUACCCCAUUUGGGGAGGCCUUCCUCAUCGGAAAGACUCAUCCCAAGGGGGUGGAGUUUGGGAAAUCUCUGAGCAGCAAACACCUGCCGGGUCACCACCAGAGCCGUUUCCUGGGAAAGGGACUUUCUGAGCCCAGCAAGUUUGGGAAAGCAGUCAGUUUCAGUUACCGGCGCCAGCAGCAGCGAGGUCACAACAGAGAAAGGCUGUACGAGUGUGGCGAGUGUGGGAAAACCUUCACCCACCACUCCUCCGUCAGCAGACACCAGAGGAUUCACACCGGGGAGAGGCCGUACGAGUGCCGGGAGUGUGGGAAGUCCUUCACCCACCACUCGUCCUACAGCAGACACCAGAGAGUGCACACUGGUGGCAAGACCUACGAGUGUCCUGAGUGUGGAAAGUCCUUCAUUCGAAACUGUAGCCUCAUCCAGCACCAGAGACUUCACACGGGAGCCCGGCCUUACAAGUGUGUGGAGUGUGGGAAAACCUUCAGUGAGAACUCCACCCUCAUCCAGCACCGCAGGGUCCACACCGGAGAGAGGCCAUACGAGUGCACCCAGUGUGGCAAGUUCUUCAGCCGGAGCUCCACUCUGAGCCAGCACCGGCGGUCCCACACGGGGGACCGGCCUUACAAAUGCACCGAGUGUGAGAAGUCCUUCCGCCAAAGAUCGGGCCUCAUCCAGCACCAGAGGAGCCACAUAGGCUCGAAGCCGUACGUGUGUGAGGAGUGCGGGAAGCCUUUCAGCCAGAGCUCGGGCCUCAUCCAGCACCGCAGGGUCCACACCGGGGAAAAGCCCUACGCCUGCAGCAAGUGUGGGAAGUGCUUCCGACAGAGCUCCGCCCUGCGUCAGCACCAGACUGUCCACACGGGAGAGAGGCCUUACGAGUGUGGCGAGUGCGACAAGUGCUUCAGCCACAACUCUGGACUCAAUAAGCACUGGCGAAGCCACACUGGGGUCAGCCUGUACAAGUGCAACGAAUGUGGGAAAACCUUCAGCCGAAAAGAUACAUUUGUUCAGCACCAGCGGAUCCACACGGGAGAAAGGCCUUACGAGUGCAGUGAGUGUGGGAAAGCCUUCAGCCGCAGGGACAACCUCAUUCAGCACCAGAGGACCCACACAGGAGAGAUGCCUUACAAGUGCAGUGAGUGUGGGCGGCACUUCAGUCAUCACUCCAACCUUACUGUGCAUCAGAGAGUCCACACCGGUGCCAGGCCUUUUAAGUGUAACGAGUGUGGAAGAGUCUUCAGACACAAGUCCUCCCUGGUCCAGCAUGAGAGCACCCACACUGGACAGAGCCCUUAUGAUUGUGGGGCCUGUGGGAAAUCUUUCAGCCACAAGUACAUCCUCAUUAAACAUCAGAAAACUCACACCGACCUCAGACCUUACGAGUGCACGGAGUGUGGGAAACUGUUCAGUCAGAGCUCUGACCUCCUGGCCCACCAGAGGGUUCACACUGGGGAAAGGCCUUUUGUGUGUGACGAAUGUGGGAAGGACUUCAUCAGGAGCUCCCACCUGGUUCGGCACAAGAGAGUUCACACUGGGGAAAGGCCAUACGAGUGCAGGGAAUGUGGGAAAACCUAUACUUUAAGUUCCCACCUUGUGAGGCAUCAGAAAGUUCACACAGUCAGAAGGCUUUAG